AUGGAAGUGUCGGAGAGCAAGGCGCGAAGCAGAGGACAGGCGGAGCACAGUAACGAGCUGUAUCUUCGUGUGUACCCUGUGCGAUUACCGGCUGGCGCCUUCCAGAAGAGCAAGCCGGCUGUGGAACUUCUCGUUGGAGCCAGCACGCAGCCCGGCAAGGCGGCUGCGGCCAUAGCAGGUGCGUUGAGGCCAAUGGGAGGAGGCCAUGGGAAGUAUCCUCUAGUCAGAGGCAUCGGAACCCUGGCGAUUCACCGUGCACUUGUCGCAGCCUAUCUCGCCCAAAAUUACUUAGACAACGACGAUCGGGGAGUUCGAUUCCUGGUGGUGCCGCGCUUCGUGCAAGAGGUUGUCAUGAUGGUGCGCAUCAUGCUUGCGGGUGACUUCGAGAGAUAUGGACGUGUGGUAGCAGGCCGUCAGUACCUCGCAGCUCGGUCGCUGCCAUUCGCACGUACAGUUACAGACGUUCAGAAGAGUUUCUUGCGGAAAGUUGUGAAUUCACAGUUUGCGACGUCUGACUACCGACGACUCGAAAUGCUUAUGGCCAAGUUGGCAUUGAGAGCGGAGCGGAAUUCCAAACAGUCUGCCAUGGAAGGCUUCGCCGAGCUUCUCGCGGAGAUAGAGGCCAAGAAGGCCAAGCGCGAGGAGGAGCUCGCUAGGAAGAAACAAGAGGCAAAGAAUAAGGUGAAGCAAGACCGCCUGGAACAACAGCGACAGUCCCAGGAGCUGCGGCAGCAAAAAGAUGCGGAGCGGCGGAAGAAAAGAGCCGAACAAGUGCCCUCGCUGGGGAUAGUUCGGAAGUUUGUCUGA